ACUAACAUGAAAGGCAACCUCAAGUUUUCAAAGCAGACAUCAUCAAGAACACCUUUACUAUCUCGAGUAUUUUUCAUGUCUGUGCAGUUGAGAAAGGGACUUUAGAAUGACAGCAAUCCAUCUGUUGUUUUGUGUUUUGGUUUUCCUGAAUCUCUCCAUUUACUGCUAUUUUUAUGACCAAAAUACGUUGCCAGAUAUUGGAAAUGAACAGUUUAUUGAAGAAUGUCUCAGAGUGCACAAUAAUUUCCGAUCCAGUGUGACUCCACCAGCCAGCAACAUGAAACGAAUGAGCUGGGACCAUGAUCUAGCAAAGACUGCGAAGGCCUGGGCAAAAAUGUGCCAAUUCCGACAUAAUCCUGACCUGAAAAUAUUGGGGAAGGUUCACCCCAACUUUACAGCAGUAGGAGAAAAUAUUUGGGCAGGUUCUCUUUGGCUUUUUAAUGUGACUGUAGCCCUCACUAACUGGUACCGUGAAGUCCAGCAUUAUGACUACAACACCCAAAGCUGUAGUUAUGUAUGUGGACAUUACACUCAGAUGGUCUGGGCAACAAGCUACAAAAUUGGCUGUGCUGUUCACUUCUGUCCAGCAGUAAAAUAUUUUAAUUAUCCCAACGCUGCACUUUUCAUUUGUAACUAUGGACCUGGUGGGAAUUAUCCAACAAAACCAUAUAAAACAGGAGCAGCAUGCAGUGAAUGUAAUGGGGAACCAUGUAUAGACAGACUUUGCGGUAAAGCCUGGAAAGAUCCAGUCUGUGAUCAGUACUGCAUCACUGUACUAAUAUUGAGGCCAUCUUUACUUUUAGUGAUAUUUGCCACAGUCUUAUUUGUGAAGCAACGUUAUCCCAACAUGUAUUUACAUAAGUGAUCUAGCAACAAAAAUAAAACUGAAACAAAAGUCUGACAAACAGAUGAAGAAUUACUGAAACCAGCUAGUAUCUGGUAUUAGCUGAUUAAAGUCAAGAUGUUUGCACUCCUAAGUCACAUAAAGUUGUUUUUCAAACGCUGAAAAAAAGAUACAGGAAACAAAAGGGACUUCCUUUUUUGCUUUAGUGACAAAUAUAUGAAUUACAAGAUGCCUUCAAACUGAAAUUGAAGAAAUGGUGUACUACUAUUCUAAAGAUGAAUAAAAUCCAAAGUCUGUGUUAUUAC